AUGUUCCAAUACGAAUACGAAAAGCGGCCGGCUUCAGCUAAUUCGUGCGACAGUCGAGCCACAAUGACCCCGGACUGGCGGGUGUACUCGACGGCCGGGUCGAGCCUUGCCCGGGCCAACGCGGACCGAGCGCGUAGGCCCCUCCCCCCUCGGCCUAUCGUAUGCGAGAGGAUGCCAACGAAAACUACCGUACCACUGAAGGUUUGGAUCAUCGCGAGCGCGUCCUGCUUUGCAGUAUGCGCGGCGUUGGUGCUCGCGACCGUGGUGAUCACCAAGUGGGGUGCCACGGAGAGGUAUCCGACGCGGGAGCUUUUCGAAGCACCGGAACCCAUCUACUACAACCCUCGUCCACAACCGCAACCAACCAAGCCCUCACCAAAACCAACCACAGAAGAAACCACCACAACAUCGAUGGAAACAGAAAACGAAAUCCAAAAUCCAAUCCUGGAAAAGCUAUCUAUAUUUAAAAACGUAGUCGGCGACAGAGAGAAGAACAAAAAGUCAGAAGAAAAAACUUUAGUAUCGAAACCCCAACUGCAUCCCCUCCACGACUCGAGCCUCUACCACCAAGAAAGGAGAAUAGAGAAGAAACAUCAAGCGAUAUAUCCCAGACAGGAAGCCGAGCAGUAUCCGAACUUCAAACCGACUCUUCCCGAUCUAUAUCCUGGACACGGUCUCCCGAUCGAGGGUUACGUAGCUGGAGUCAGGAGAUACGAUGAUGUCUACGAUGAAUACUACAACGACGAUGCUCUUUAUGACGACUAUAUGCAAAGCAAUACGAUGACCAGCUACUUAAUAGAGAAGGUCCAAGAACUCCACGACUGGAUCACCUCUGAUCCGGAUUUUAAGAAUGUAACCAGGAAACGGAAUUCGACCAACGAGUUUGGACAAGUACUGAAAGCCCUCAACGAGAGUCUGGUGGAGGGAAACGUGUCGGUAAUCAUGGGGAAACUCAAGGAGUUGUAUUUCGGCGAGAACUACACCCUUGUGAACCACACGAGGAAGGUCAUCCGGAGCAACAGCACCGAUCUACUGUCUUUCGGGAUCCUGACACUGGAUGUGAUGCUUCUGCACAACAUACAGCUGAUGGCGUGGGAGAAUCAGGAAGCUGCGAGAGUGAAAAUGCUAAAAGAUCCGGAAGUCUUUGCUUUCAACGCGCUGUUCCUGGAGCCCGGCAAGGUUGAGGCGAAGAAGAAUGAAGUGUAUCAUCACGAGAGCGUUGCUGCGAAACGCCAAAGCCGACCGGAAACGGCCGAGGAAUUCGACUUCGGGAAGAAUCUUCUGGAGAACGUUCUGGAGAUCGGCAUGAGCACCGCGCGGGCCGCUAUACACCUCGGCAGGGCGUACAAGAACACUAAACUUCUCCUCAGCCAGCUAUCCAACCGUGAUAACCUCAACACGAACAUUCAAAACCAACUGUCGCGCAAUAUAGAUGGCAACACUCACGCUCUAAACCAUUUGCAAACAUCGUACAAUAAAAACGACAGUUCGGACAGUGUUGCCAGCAACAAAACUGAAAAUUAUACCGAUCUGGACUGCAUUUGGUUUUUGUAUUGCAAGAAUUUGAUCGCGACGUCCAAACUGAACGCGCCUUAUGGGACAAUGGCAAGGAUUAAUGGGCUGGCGUUGCGAAUGCUGACUGGGGAGUUGGCGACGGAGCGUGCUCUAGAUACGAUGCUGUAUGAAGCCCUCACCGGCUGGACCGAACUCAGGUGUCCCCACAUGUUCCCCAGAUGCAGUAAGGUGAACGCUGCGGCUGUAGUUAUGGAUUCCAUUGUGUUGCCAACAAAAAAGUUACAAUCCAGUAAUAGAGAGCGGUGA